CGGUUGAUUCAAGGGACAGAUGCUACCUGAUCAGACUACAGGUUUGGCACAGACAAUUGCCCACAUCGCAAUCGAACUCCAAACAAUGAAAUUAGCCCACCCGCCUCCAACGCUUUAAAUUAAGCUCUAAACUCCAAAGCAUGAGACUAGCUUUCAAAACCGCUUUCACCUGCUGCCACCCGAUCUUUCUUCCCGCGCUCCGUCGAACCUUCCACACCCGUAAUCUUCCCACCAAAACUCUAACCUUAGGGUUCGGGUUUUACCCUUGCAGAGCAAUCAUGGCGGUGCCGUCUCGCCCGCCCGUACAAGUCAGGGACAACGUCCAACUCAAUGAAACAGAGCAGAAAAUAUUUGACCGGCUACUCGGGACGCUCCGCCGUUUCGGCCUACAGAAUCAGCUUCGCGUUGCCGGCGGAUGGGUCCGCGAUAAGCUUCUGGGAAAGGAGUGCUAUGACAUUGAUAUUUCCUUGGACAACAUGUUGGGGAGUGAAUUUGUAGACAAGGUUCAAGACUAUGUGUUGCACGUCGGGGAAGAGGCUCAGGGAAUCGCUGUAAUUCCAUGCAAUCCUGAUCAAUCCAAACAUUUGGAAACCGCGAGGAUGCACAUACGUGAUAGGUGGAUUGAUUUUGUCAACUUAAGGUGUGAAGAGUAUUGUGAGAAUAGCCGCAUUCCUACCGUGCAUAAGUAUGGGACACCCGAAGAGGAUGCAUAUAGGAGGGAUUUAACUAUUAACAGCUUAUUCUACAAUUUAAAUACAAGCUCAAUUGAAGAUUAUACCAAAAGAGGAAUUGAAGAUCUUACAUCUGGUGUAAUAGUGACUCCUCUACCCUCAAAGGCCACAUUUAUGGAUGAUCUGCUUCGAGUUCUUAGAGCUAUCUGUUUCGGUGCAAGGUUUGGAUUCAUAUUAGAUGAAGAACUAAAGGAAGCAGCUGCCUGCGAUGAAGUGAAAGCUGCUCUUUCAGUUAAAAUUACCAGGGAGCGCAUUGGCACUGAAAUUGACCUAAUGAUCUCUGGGAAUCAACCUGUCCAAGCUUUGGCCUAUAUUAGUGAUUUGAAGUUAUUUUGGGUCGUCUUCAGUCUUCAUACGAAGCAUGAGCCUGAAGUAUCGGAAGGAUGGGACAGGCUUUGUGUUUCUUACUUGGUGGCAACAUGGAACCUCAUUCAAUUAAUUGGCCUGUCUAACUUUACUGAUAAACAAAGAAGGCUUUCUUUGUAUGCUGCUAUGUUCCUUCCACUUAGGAAGACCAUGUAUAAAGAUAACAGAGGAAAAAAGGUAUGGUUCCCUUGGUUUGAUUCCAUGGUGAACUACAUUUUCCGGGACUCCCUUAAGCGAAAAGCCAGUGAUGCUGAAACAGUUGUUAAUGUACACUUUGCCAUGGAAAAGUUUUUGUUUUUGAUUCCUUAUUUUGCAUCAAAUGAGGAUGCACGCGUUUCUGAUGUUAAUUGGGCAAGAGAAUCUGUUGAUGCACCUCUUACUUCAAAACCCUGGGUAUUAACAGGAUUUCUUCUACGAGAAAUUAAAGAUUUUUGGAGAGUUGCCUUGCUAAUGUCUACAUUGUUAUAUCCGCCCAACAUCGAUUGUACUGAAGAUCUUCUAAGUAAGAACUUUGAACUGGAAAGACGAAGAAGCUUAUUUAAAGCAGCUGAAGAUGCCAUAUUUAAACUAGGUCUUGCUAAAGUCUGGGAUGUAAAACCACUACUGAAUGGGAAGGAGAUUAUGAAUGUUUUGCAGCUCAAAACUGGAGGACCACUUGUGCGAGAAUGGCAACAAAAGAUACUUGCAUGGCAGCAUGCUCGCCCUUCAGGGACUGCAGAAGAAUGCCUCAACUGGAUGUGGAAAACACAUUGUUUAAAGAUGAUAGAUUGAUUGCUGAGAUCAAUAUCUGUAAAUUCGGAUCCCUGCAGUGAGUUAUAUCUGGUUCACCAUUUACAGAAGUGACCAUGCUCAAGAGUUUGCAAAAGCACCAGGACAUUCACCAAUGUUCACUGUAAUGCUACCCGUCAUAUUUUCUCCUUUCCGUCUUAUCGACAACAGGCUCUAGCUGCCGCUCUACUGCUACAAGAGUCAUGUUCGUAUCUCCCAGGUAUUGCUUCAAUUCUUCCAUCUCUCUAUAUGUUUUUGCAGAUGCACCGUCAGAAAUAUGAAAUGUCAUGUAUACGCUUUCAUCUAUAUCGUGAGCUGCCACUUUGGAAGCGUGUUCUACGGUCAAAACAGUUUCUUUUAGUUUGCUAUCAUGAGGGAGUUCAUAUGCCACUUCUUCCGAAAAUUGCCACGCUUUCUACAACCUCUGGAAGGUUUUCAACCUCUUCCAUAACCAUUUCUGCCUCUUUUGUUAUGACAUGAACACCCAAUUAAUAGUUUGUAUCAUAUUUCAUGACUUGAAAUAAAUUAGAUUGCCAAUGAUCAAAUGGUCUAGUAGCACUCCGCCUCUAUUUUUGUUGUAAGAGAGCUUGGGUUUCAAAUCCUAUGUAUAAACGUUAUAUAGAAUUUGGAUAAUAAAGAAACGAAUUGGACUUUUGCAUUAUCUUU